UCGUGUCGGCGGAACCCGCCGCCGCCGGGCCCCGCCCCUUUAAGGGCGGUGUUCCCGGAAGUGCUGCUUGGCUGGGAAAUCACGGACGCGCGGGUAACAUGUCACUCGAGUCCGGAGUCACAGCGUCCCAGGAUCUGCUGGACCUCUUCUCCAAGUCGAAGGAUGGCUCCGUUCGGAUGAUCCGAGUCCUCAUCCAAGGAGAGUCCCUGGUGCUUGGCUCGUGCAGCCCCAGCCAGGGCUCCUGGAAGGACGAGUUCGAGGGGCUGCUGCAGCCCGCCAUGCGAGAGGGCGCUGGUUACGUCCUGUACCAGCUGGACAGCCACAACGAGUUGGGGCCCGAGUGGGUGCUCUUCACCUUGAUCCCCGAGAACACCAAGUUGCACGAUAAGAUGCUGUACGCUUCAAGCAAGGCCGCCCUGAAGAAGGGAUUCGGCGGGGGCCACAUCAAGGAGGAAAUCCAUGCCACCACAUUGGACGAGGUGACCCUGGAGGGGUACUGCAAGUACCUGACCUCGAAGGCAGCCCCCGCUCCACUCACGAAUGCCGAACAGGAGCUCCAACAGAUCAAGAUCAGUGAGAUAAACACGGACGUCCACGUCGACUCCAAGCGCCCCACCCUCCAGGGCAUGGCCUUCCCCAUCGAGGACGAGGCCCUCCGCGCCCUGCAGCGUCUGAAGUCGAAGGCGGUAUCGUACGUCCAACUGAGACUGGACACGGAGCGGGAAGUGAUCACGUUGGUCAGCGAGCGGACGAUCGGGGUGGAGGAUUUGCCCGGCCAGGUUCCCGACGACUCCCCCCGCUGGCACUUUUUCUUGUACACGCAUUCGCACGAGGGCCAGACCCUCAAUUCGCUGGUCUUUAUCUACUCAAUGCCAGGCAGCAACUGCACAAUCAAGGAGCGGAUGCUCUAUUCCAGCUGCAAGGCUCCGUUCAUUACCAGCGUGGAGCAACAGAUUGGGCUGGAGAUCGCAAAGAAGGUGGAAAUCGACCAGGGCUCUGAGUUGACGGCCGACUACCUCCAGGACCAGCUUCACCCCCCCAAGCACACCCCCCGACCCACCUUCGACAAGCCGCCGGGCCCCUCCCGGUCCCGCAGGGGCCCCCGCCGCAUCGUCCGGACCCCACCCGAGUGACAGCCUCCCCACAGUUCGUGUGGAGGGGGUGUGGGGGAGAGGGGGGGUCCCGACCUUCCGAGUGGAAUGAAUGGAUCCGAAAGAUGGGGUAGCUGGUGAUAUCCGCCUCUGGGAAGGAGUAACGGUUCCUCGAGCAGAGAAUUAAAAGGGAAUUUUGUAACCACAGGUUUGGAGCGUGUGAACUGGUUUUUUUUGUGUGGGGGGGACGUUUACAGGACGGGAAGGGCUUUGGAAAUUACAGAUUGAACGUUUGGUGCCAGGGGUGUUUCAGAUUUCCGAUUUUCUUCAGACUGUGGAAUAUUUGGAUCAAUGUAAUCGAUCAGCUUGGAGGCGGGACCCAAGCGCCAAAUCGAAUGCUGAGGGGUCAGUGCAAACAGGCUGGCUGGGCCUACAACCAGAGGUCAUGAGUUAAGGGUGAAAGGUUAAGAGUUUAAGGGGGACACAAGGAGAAACAUCUUCAUUCAGAGGGUGGAACGAGCCUCCAGCACAAUUGGUGCAUGCAAGCUCGAUUUCAACGAGAAGUUUGGAUAGGUACGUAAUGGGAGGGGUACGGAGGGGUAUGGUCCCAGUGCAGGUUGAUGGGAGUCGGCAGAAUAAAUGGUUUGGCAUGGACUAGAUUGGCCGAAGGGCCUGUUUCUGUGCUGUACUUUUCUGUGAACACCAAAUUAAUUUACAUUUCAAGUACAGCUUGUGCAUAUGCCUGAAGGUAUUUGGUGUAAUAUUUUUAAUAAAUUUGUGCAU